AAUGGCCUUCUAGACAGAAUCUGAGCAGAUUUUAUGCGUAAAUUCUACUUAAACCCUUAAUUCUUUAAAGCUGUCGUAGAAAUACAGCAUUUCCAUGAUGGAAGGGGAUGGUAAAAGUAUAUCUCAAACAAAUCAAGACACCACAGAGCCUAGAAUUGACUCGAAAGACGUAGGACAGGCUAGAGAAAAUAUUACCCCUCCCGAUGUCAGAAAUGAUGAAACGGAAACAACUGAAGUGAAAAAUGAACCUUCAGUGGAUAAUCAAAACGAUAACUCUGAAGACUCAGAAGGGAGUUCAAGUGAUACCCCAGUUGAUGAUUUCCCGGAAGAUGCCUUUAUUGACAGUGAUGAAGAAAAGCAAAUGGAAACUGCGAAUGAGAAACCACUUAUUGCCAUAAAUGACAACAAUACUGACUCAAAACAGCAUGAAAACACAAGUGAUGACAUUCCUGAUGAAAAAGGUGAUCAGCAAAAAUCCCCUUUCAAAGAGGAACCAUCAAUAGACCUUAAUGUUGAAUUACCAUCAAAAGAAGGAGGUGCUGUUGCCGAUGUUCCAAAGGAAAAUGAUCAUUUACAGGGUGCUGGAGCUUCGAACAACAUGCAAGAGAGUAUAUAUCAUGUGAAAUGGAUCUCCUUUAAGAAUAACAAACUGCCAAUUAUCACUCAAAAUGAGAAUGGGCCAUGUCCCCUCCUUGCCAUUAUAAAUGUUCUCUUGCUACAAAAGCGUAUUAGCCUUCCUCUGCAGACUGAGGUUAUCUCAGUCAACCAGCUCAUGACCCACCUUGGUGACUGUGUUCUUCAGAAUGUUCCAGGAGAGGAGGGCGUGUCAACUCCAUCGCGACUUAACUUUGAGCAGAACAUGGGGGAUGCCAUGGAGGUCAUGUACAAGCUUCAGACUGGGCUAGAUGUCAAUGUGAAAUUUACUGGCGUGCGAGACUUUGAGUACACUCAGGAGUGUAUCAUAUUCGACCUGCUUCAAAUCGCCCUCUUCCACGGCUGGCUGGUCGACCCCCAAAACAAGUCUGAGAGCGAGGCUGUUGGGAAAUACAGUUACAAUCAGCUUGUGGAGAGAAUCAUCAACCUCAAGUCUUCAGACCAACCAGAGCUUGUUAGUCAGGCCUUGGUAGCAGAGAGCUUUCUCGAGAAUUCAGCCUCCCAGCUCACCUACCAUGGUCUCAGUGAACUUGCCACCCAGCUGAAAAAUGAUGAUCUAGUCGUCCUCUUCCGAAACAACCACUUCACUACCCUCUACAGGACAAAGGAAGAGUUGCUACAACUUGUGACAGACCAAGGUUUUCUGCAUGAGAGCAAUGUCGUGUGGGAAACAUUGGGAAAUGUGGACGGCGACUGCCAUUUUGUGGACUCCAACUUCCAUACAUUCACCAAGCCUGAACCCCCUCCGCUGAAGAUGGACCCUUCCAAUGUUCCUUUCAAUAGUGAAGAGCAGAUUGAUCAGGAUUAUCUGGUGGCUUUAUCCCUGCAGCAGGAGCAACAGAGUUCAGAGCAACCCCAACAGCAAGGCUGGACCAACCCAGCUCCGCACCUCUCAGAUGAAGAGCUUGCAAAGCACCUCCAGGCUGAGGAAGAGCAAAGGGCUGCUGCUGCUGCUGCUGCUGCUGCAGAGAGUGGACGUCGCCAAGGACAACGCCCACCUGCCCAAAACCUGCCUCGGCGACAGCAGAGAUCGAGAGAGGAAAGGGAGGAGAAAAAAGAUGGUUGCUGUAUCUUAUGACGACCUCUCUUCCAUCGACAAUUUGGAACCUCUGUUAAAUGACCAUGUCCAAGGUUCGUGAAACAAGUGCAAUACCGGCCUACAGAGUUCAGCUUUCAAUGAUAUGUCGAGGUUAUACUCUGAACUCUAUGACAUAAUAAUAUACACAUGUCCUGGAUAUAAAGGUCAUUUUUAUGGAUGUCAAGGACAAUUUUUUUUUAUCUUUAGUAUAUAAAUCUGAUGUUAUGGUGGUUUCCUUGUUGUUAAAUUCAUUUCCUGGGUGUUAAGACUGUUUACUGUUACUUUUAAGGCUAUUUACUGAUUGUAAAGUUUAUUUUUGAAAUGUCUUAAUCAAUAUUUGAAUGUCAAGGACAUUUCCUGAAUUUAAAGUUUUAUUUUCUCAAUUUUAAUGUCAAUUUUAUUCCUGGAAUAAAAAUGACAUGUCAAAAAUUUCAAGGACUUAUCCUUAAUGUCAAUGACUGACAUUGUGUAUGUGUCAUGGUCAUCCCCAAAUUAUCAAGGUCAAUUCCAGGAUGUCAUGGAUGUCAUAUGCUUGUAGUCAGACUACUUACUUGGGUAUAUUGGUCAUAUACUUGAUGUCAUGGUCAUAGUCUGAAUGUCAAUGUCAUAUUCUGAAGGUCAAGGCCAUUUUCUUCCUGUAAAGGCCAUUUCCUGGUAUAUUGAGAAAAACACUUAAUGUUUAUGCUUUCGUUUCCAUCCAUUUCAAUAUAUGUUCAAAUUGUAAAUGCCUUUGCGAAUAUCAUAUGUCAUAAUUAUGUUGAAUAAAAUAUGCUUAAACUAAUGCUUUGGCAGUCAAAUUUGAAUUUUACUUUAUGUCAAGGACGUAUAUUUGAUGUCACAAUCAAUUUCUAGGUGUCAAGGUUAAAACCAAAAUGUCAAGGUCAUUUCCAAAAUUUAUUUGUUGUGUUUUCAAGUUGUUCCCCAUUUUGUCUUCAGCAAACAAUAUAUUCUAGUCCUGAAGUGAUUUUUUAUUCUGUGAAGUUUUUUUUUCAAAAUAUGUGUUUGCUCACAAUGUUGUUAGUUUAUUGUUACUUAGAUUAAAUUUUAAAAGGUUAUUUAAUAUUUACUAAGUAAAGGAAUGCAUUUAUUUUAUAUUUUAUAGAUUAGUAAUUACUUUUUUUUUGGGGGGGGGGAAUAAUUGUGAUCAAAUCCUUGAAAUUCGUAUCUUUAAUAUACAUGUAGAUAAAAUUAGACUUUGUUUGAAUAUCCUUUUUCACUCUGACAGUAACAUAACAGUAUUUUUUAUCAUAGAUGCAUUGUACAUUUACAUUCUGUAUUGGAACUCACUGGUACAUCUUUAAGUUCUGCUUAUAAUGGGUUUUAUACGCGUAAAUGUUAUGUGUAUUUUAUUUUAUUUUUUAAAGCUUUGCACUUAUCAAUGAUAUCAUUCAUAGUUCAUUAUGUAAAAUGCACAAUUUAUUACUUAACAUUUGGCCGAUUGUCCAGAACUUUGUUAAGGUUAACAACGAUGUUUACGUCAUCGUUGUUAACUUUCAAUUCUGAUCUGCUCUGGAAGUUUAAUGGUUACAAUUGUGAUCUGCAGUGUUUCUGACAAGAUUUAGGAAAAUGGUUUCAGAUGUAUUUGUUUUAUUGGAACAGAUUAGCACAACAUCAAAAAGUUCACGUUUAAAAGUUAACAACGAUCUCGGUAAUCAUGUUGUUAACUUUAACAAAGAUCUGAACAAUCGGCCUAUUGACUGAUUUUUUUUCAUACAUGUGGUUUAAAUGAUGGCUUUUAUACAUUAGAUUUUCAACUGGCAAAACUUUUAUCAAGGUCUUAGAGAAAGACUGUUAUAACACCUUUUAUUUCUAUAUUGAAAACAGUCUUGCACUUAGCUGGCAUUUUAUAGAAAUAAGACUAAUUUAAAGACCUUAUAUGGGAUUUAUAUAGGUUUGUUAAUAUUACAAUGGUUGUGAUUUAAACAAUUCUAAAAAAAUAUUACCAAAAUACCUUUGGGGGCCAUUUUAUCCAUGAAUGUAUUGUACCAUUGCUUUUCUAAAAAUGUUUCUACUGUGUGUGUAUACCACGUGAUAAAUCAUAAAUGCUAUGUGGGAAGGCAGCAUUUUGCUUCGAAUGAAGACUUAAAACAAAGAUAACUUUUCUUUUUCUUCAGCAUUAAGUGAAACAAAGGACAGUUGUGAUGUAUACUAGUGGGAAAAAGGAACUGUGCAUAAUCUUUGAUGAGAAUCUCAAAAUAUGGUGAAGAGGCAUUCACUGAUUCAACGUUGUUAACCUCCAUUAUUUCAAUACCCCUUAUACACUACUGCCCUAUGUUUCGUUGUGUACUGUAGGCGAUUUGGCAAGGAAAAUCUUGUAAUCAUGAAUAAUUAAUGAGGCAGUUUCAUUGGAUCAACAAGAAACCAAUGCGGAAAUAUGCACAGAAACUAAAAUUGAUGUUUUCCCUGUAGUAAAAGUAUUCUGGCAUAAGCUCGAUUUGAAAUUGGUCUCCGAAUCACUACACAUUUUAAAACAGUCACAGAAACCACUCGCCUAUAGAGACAGCUGACAGCAUAGGGUAAUUGAAGAGUAUUUAUUUGUAACAUGGGAAGAAUAUAAGUAUCUUCCAUGGCAGAGAGUGUAAGACCCAAGCGCAGGGUGUUUUGCGGAAACGAGGUUUACCGAUCGGGGUGAACCUAUCUUUCCCGAGCGGCUAUGGUAGAUUUUUCUCCCACCUCAGUUAAACAAAAUUAAGUAAAAAUGUAUUUUUUUGCUGGAACUCUUUUGUGCUUAGUGAAACUAAUUGCGUACGGACAUGCGAUAAUUCGUGGUUGUCAUGGAUAUUCACGCAGUGGUUCAGAGUAUGUAAAUGGUCUGAUCGGUCUUUAAAUAGUUCUUAGAAGGGUGAAGCAUUAUUUCUUGAAAGGUGCGUGAAAUCUGUUUUCUGGUGACAUUUGAAUUCAAAGCGUGAAAUAAUUAACUUGCGUUCUAAAUAUCGCCACAAGACAAGGUUUCUAUGAUGCGCUACAGACGACAGUCUUCAAUAAGGGAGGUAAUUACAAUGUGGUGACCAUUAAAAGAAGUUCCAUACGGGCAUUUUAUCUUCGCCGUGGGCAAGAUAAGAAUUUCUAGCAUGGUUAAAUUAAUGGAUCUACUUAUCUGAGGUGGGAGAAAUGUUGUCUCCCCUUCCUCAUGUAUAUUCAUAGAAACAAUAUUUUGAAAGUCAAUUUUUCCACGGUAAUUUUUCCACUAUCAUGACACAGUUUCUGCAUAUUGCUUGAAUAUGUUGAAAAUGAAGCAUUAAAUAUGUUUGGCAUUGCUUAAAACUUUGAUUGCAUUUUUAUGUUUUAUGCAUACAUAAUCCACAUAACUCUUUAAGAAAUCAUUAUUUAGUUGUAUGAUAAAUAAUAUUUGUAUUGUAAAUAAUAAACAAAAUAUUAGGAUAUUGAAAAUUACCAAUUCAAUUUUUGUUUGUAGUUUUGUUUAUUUCAAAUUAGUGUUUAUAGCAUAUUUAUUGUAGCUAGAUUCUAGAAAAGUCAUGUGACAAGAUUCCAUUUUGUUAUGAUUAUAAUCAGUAAAUUAAGAAGAAAUUAUUUAUUCUUCUUGUGUAAUUACAGAGUAAACAUAUUAAGGAUUAUACUUGUAAUAUUAUCGAACCUUAUAAUAAUAUAAAGUUCUGAUUGCUGGUGACCCCAUAAAAUUUUGUUAUCAGUUGAUCGGGUGUUGCUUCAUGAUUACUAUAUAUAAUAUGUUGGAUAAUUAGACAAAAAUACAUUAUAGAUAAUGAUACCACAGGUUGUAUUAUUAUUAUUCCUUAAUUCACUUGCAACCUAUUUUGCUAUCCUUGAAAAGGUGAAAAUAUGUUGAUUGUAAUAAAGACAUGCAUAGUUUUUA